AUGUUGCGCCAAGGAGAGAAUGCCAUUGAGGGAGAACGCUUCCCGGUGCAGGUUCUCAAGCGACAGGUCCAGCAGUGCGAGGAUCCCGACGGCGUGCGACGGAACGCGGAGGUCAUCUUCGCGGCAGGCACAGAGCUUCGUGCAGUGGUGAGGGAUGCUUACACGCGCAACCGCACCUGCUGCCGCUGCGUGUGCAAGCAGACCACCUGCUUUUUGCAGUGUCUCAGAGAGACGGUGCGAUUCUUGCUGUGCCUCCAGGUGCCUGCUUGCCUGUUCUUUUGGUUGAAGGCGGUCCGUGCGUGUCUUUGCUGCAAGCCGCUGAAAUGGCUGUUCCUUUGGGUCUAUCCACGGAGAACCAUGUCCCACACACCGGGGCCGAUGGACUCGAUGGAUUCCUUUGGGCCGUUGAACCUGGACGUGUGA